AAUUUCUCCAAAUUAGUUUGAUUUUUAAAUGUAAACUUUCCUAGGCAAUUCGGAAAGAUUGCUAGCCCUGCAUAUCCUUGUUGUUACUAGUAGUUUCUGGAAUAACAUGUCGAGGUCAGAACGUCACUUAUGUUUCAAUGUUCGUUGAUGAAACGUUUUCGUAUACGAUUUACGAUUGAAUUGUAUGAGUARGAAAAAUAUUGAAAUAAGUAAUUAAAAAUGUCGCUYUGCUUUCGUACCAUUUCAAAUAAACUUACAUCGUUUGUAAAUACGAGAAAACAAGUUACGACCAUCGAUUGUCGGUUGCCAAAAAACAUAAAAUCCUCUUCAUUUUUGAAUGAGUUUUUGGGACCUCAGACUUCGGUGGAUACAAAAACAAAAUUAACAGAUAGUGAUUUCGAUAUUUACGCAGAUGUCUAUUCAUUCCAUCAAAAAUCGGAAAAAGAAUUGAUUAAGAGUUAUAAAAAAAAUAAAAAUGAAAUUCUACAUAUAGCACAGCAGAGCUGUACUAAUCACAGUAGGUUCUUAAAUACGGAACCAGUUUUAAAUAAUUUGUUGCUAUAUAACGUUAGUAUAGAUUGUAAAAAGACGGAAAAUGAAUCUUCACCAAGAGAUAUCUUCUAUAUCGUAAAUAAUAAUAGAUUSUKUUCUAAUAAACAAAUGUUGAGUACUAYUGUGGAUAAUCAUUUGRAGCAAAAUACUAUUUUACUCACAAAUGGUGGAAUCAUUAAAGGACAAGAAGUUAAUGAUAAACAAUCGGUUCAAAACGGGGAGGGUAGACCAUCCAAAGAACAAUUAGAACAUGUAUUUACUUGUCUCAGAAAUAUAAGAACAAUUGGUCAUAUAAAAUUUGCAUACAUAAAAUUAGAUGUAUUAAAAAUAACUAUUAAUCCGGAAGAUGAUACAAUAAAAGUACGUUGGCGAAUUAGCGGUAUUACAGGACUAAGAGCAAUUUUUACAUUAUGGAAAUUAAAAUUUUGGAGAAUAAAGGAAGCUUUAAAUGAUGCAGAAGUAUGGUACGAUGGAUUUUCUACAUAUCAUGUAGGUGCCGAUGGUAAGAUAUAUAAGCAUGUAAUGGACAAAUUGAUGCCUGAUCAAAGUAAACUUUAUGAAAAAGAAAAACCAGAAGUUGCUACAAAACUUGCACUGUUCAUAGGAUUAAAAAAUCUGCAAACGCAAAAUAGUUGAAAUGAAUUUAUUACAAUAUUGAAACCAUGUGCUCAUUGUAAAAUGACGAGAUAACUAAAAGGUUACACAAGUAGCGAAAUAAACACAAUUUAUGUACAUUAAUACAAUCUUAUCGACGCUUGUUAAGCGCUGUAAUUUUUCACAGCGCAUCCUUGUAAUAAUGAAAUAGAUUGCAUAGAUUUUUGAAAUUUCGUUUAAUUUUAAAUAAUAUGUAAAUAAUUUGGACUUAACAAAAAAAUAUAAAAUCAAUUUACUAUCUGCGAAUUAAUAUAUCUAUCAAAAAUAUCUUUACUUUUAUUUACAAAAAUUUAUUAACGCAUUGAAUGCCAUAGGGAUCAUCAGUGACCAGUGAAACUAAGAUUAUUAGAAAUAUAAUUCGAGUAAAUUUCAAUGAUUUGAAGAAAUUAAUUCAAUAUAAAAUAAUAUAUCAAAAUAGUUUUAUUUGUAUAUGUGACAUGUAUGCUUAAAUAUUAUGCAUGCGUAUAGUGGAUGUUUUGUAUUAAACCAUUUUAAACAGAGGAAAGGUAAAUCAAUAGAUUUCACAAUAUGCCACAACUAUUUUGGUAGAGUUUUUUGUCCUUGGUCUUACCUAGGUUCUUGGAAUUUUUUUUGUAACAUAUUUUACAAAAUCAUUUUAUAUUUAUGACGUUGUUUUUUCAGUAGGCUCGUAUGUGAAGAAAGAAAAUCUUUCAUUGUACUAUCUCGGCAUUUUGUUAAUCGAGCCAAUACAAAAAAAUGCAUUUCAACAUCACACAAGUUACGUGUGACCCCCCAGUAAGAUAAAUGCAUUAAUUAUAAUCAAUAAUUAUAAACUUUAACUUAUCUGUUCUAAAUAACAUUUCAAUAUGUCUAACACAUAACAGUAAGUUCGUGUCUGCAUCAUGGGUAAGCCAUGUAAAAUUAAUGUGGCAUUCAAUGUAUUAAAUAAAAAGAUAAAUAAAAUCUUAUAAUA